CGGAACGGACGACUCAGAUCUCGCACCGAUCACGUUGACCGUGGUGUUGUAGUAGCUUUUUUUUUCCUCCCGUGGGCCGAAAUAACCCCAGCGGCCCGCGCGAUUCCCCUCAGCGACGCGCGGGAUUUUUUCGCCUGAGCAGGAUAUAUUCGCGCUAUUUGCCGAGGGCUCCAGCCUCCAGCCAUUUUUUGUCAUGGAAACCCGAUCCGCCCGCCGCCGCCGCCUCAGCGCCCAGGGCGGCGUUGGCGGUGGACUGGACCUCAUCGGCGGGCUCCACGACGACCUGCUCCUCCAGAUCCUCGGUCGACUCCGCUGCGCCGCCGCCGCCUCCCGCACCAGCGCCCUCUGCCGCCGGUGGUGGGGGAGCGGCCUCUGGAGGCACCUCCCCGAGCUCUCCUUCCGCGGCAUUGCGCACGGCGCAAUCGAAGCCGCCCUCGCCCAGGUAGCACUCCUGAAGCUGUCCCUCCUCGACAUCGAGAUCACCGACAGGCUCCCCGCCGAAGCCGUCGCCUCGCUGCUUCGCGCCGCCGCGCGUCUGGACCCGGCGGACCUGAGCAUCGUAGUAGCCUGGGUGGUCCAGACUGAUGAAAUGGUCCCCAUCGAGGUGCCUUCCUUUCCCCGCGCAACAUCGAUCACGCUGCGCCUUCACAAGCUCCACCUAGCACUGCCGGCGCAAGGCGUUGAGUUCCCGGUGCUGGAGAGGCUCUCCGUCACAAGCGGCCGCUUCGAUACCGGUGCCCUGAUCUCACGAUGCCCACACCUGCGCGUUCUAGAGUUGAUUCACUGUUGGGGAAUCGAGACCAUCACGGUCCACUCGCCGACCAUAGAGGAGCUCCUUGUGAUCAGCGGUCAGCUCCGAGGUGUUGACAUCGUGGCACCCAUGCUGAAGAAAUUCACCUUGCGCAGCGACGUGUCCGUGGAUUUCGGCAUGUCAUUAUUGGCGCCUGAGGUGGAGAAUCUCUCGUGGAAGUGCUGGUCCCAUGGCCAGUUUCUCCUUCCGGGUGAGUCAUUAGCAGUAGGGAUCGACGGGAUUUGGCGCCUGGUUCGUCUGGAGUUGGGGACAGGGCGAAGCGGCUUCAUCCUCGGCUUGGACAUAGGAAGAUCAGUGCGUCUCUUUUUCUUUAACAUCCUUUUACUCUUCGAUAUACAGAGUGUCUCGUAUUGUGUAUUACAAGAGCGGAACUUGCAAGAAAUGUUCCCGUUUCCUAAACUUUCUAUUUUGGAGCUAUGUCUCGAUACACGUGGUCAUGUGUAUGGAGGAGUGGUGUUGAAUCUACUGAGGAUUUGCAAUGCUAUACAAAGGCUUAGGCUGGUCAUUAAUCGUGAUAUGUGGAAGGACGAAGUGUGCCCGCCAGACUGUCCUUGUGAUCAACCACAAAAUUGGAGAAGUCAGAAUAUCUCCUUGAUGGGUCUUGAAGUAGUAGAAAUAAAAAACUUCAAAGGAAGUGGCCAUGAAGUUGAUUUCUUGAAGCUUCUGUUCAGAUGUGCACCCCUGACGAAAGUGACUGUGAAACUGGCCCCCAAGGUUGUACCAAAUAGCAGAGGAUGCAAGAAUGUCCUCAAAGUUUUCAGAGGGAAUCCAUCUGCAGACUGCCACGUUUACCUUAAACGUGGCAAUGAGGUUAUUUACAGACCCGCUUCUAGAUGCAGCCGAAGAUAAUAUCCUCAAUCUUUUGUCUUACCAUCAGGAUUAGUGAGUUCUUUCUCUGCCAUUGUUAACCUAGGCGUAAUGUUUUGCUGAGGAUUUGUGGUAACUCCGGGAAUGAAUUGCCACAUUGUUCGUCUAGCCUAAAUGCCUGAUGAAUUCAGGUUCAUAUUUGUAUCCUAGUUAUGCAACUUUUACUUGAAUAUGCUAGAUUAGCUCCA